UCGCCAACCACAACAUUAUUGCUGGGAUCGUACCAGAACAUGAGCGGCGAGUCGCACGGUAAUGAUGUUAAAUCCGAAUCUAAUGAAGAUCAACUGUCUAUGGAAACCGCGGCCGUAAACGAUGAGAAUGGCGGUUUGGGAGCGUCGGAAGUCCCUGUAAAGACGGAAGAACAAGACACGGAUGCAAGUUCAAAGAAACGGGAUGUUUCCGGAAAACAAAUAAAUGAACAUAGUACAGCAUCAGAAGAGCAUGUGAUAAAAUCAGAAGAGCCUUUUGAAGCUCAAUCGCACUCCCAGAGUUUAACACAAUCUCAGGAACCUGUAGAAAAAAAACAAAAAGGUGAUGGAAUGCCUCCCCCUCAACAAAAGUAUUGCGCCGCCAUUGUUCGACAACUCAAACGGACAAAAGAUUCAGCGCCUUUCCGCGCACCAGUAGAUCCCGUCAAACAAAAUAUCCCCGAUUAUCCCACUAUUGUCAAGCAGCCCAUGGAUUUAGGAACCAUUGAGAAAAAGUUAAGCAAUCGCAUUUAUUCCUCACCUCAAGAAUUUAUUGAUGACAUGAAUUUAAUGUUUUCUAAUUGCUUUUUAUACAAUGGUACAAAUUCCCCGGUUGGUUCAAUGGGAAAGAGUCUGCAGACGGUAUUUGAACGUCAAUUGAAGCAAUUACCAGACUUAGAUCAAGUCCCAGCACCAGUACCCAAAAAAACCAAGCAAAAGCCGUCUCCAGCCCCCGCUGCUGUUGCGACCACACCAGCUCCUACCGCUUCUACACGUACCCGAAGAAGCUCGUCCGUUUCUUCUCUAUCUCGCCCUUCAAUAUCUUCUGCCCCUCCUUCUACCGCUCCCUCUGCUGCUUCUCCUCCGCUUGUUGAAGGUAAACCGAGACGCCGAAAGAACAACUCUCAGAUGCGUUAUUGUACGACGAUACUAAAGGAGAUUUAUAAACGUCAGUACGAGCCUUUCGUCUUUCCCUUUUACCAACCGGUAGAUCCAGUGGCCUGUGAUUGCCCUGACUAUUUUGACGUAAUCAAACAUCCCAUGGAUUUGAGUACAAUUCAAGCAAAGCUUAGUAAAAACGAAUAUGAAAUACCAGACGAAUUUGAGUCAGAUAUACGAUUGAUGCUUGAAAAUUGUUUCACAUAUAAUCCUCCUGGAACUCCCGUACAUCUUAUGGGCAGACAACUUGAAAAUUUGUUUAAUGAAAAGUGGAAUGCUCGUCCCAAAUACGAUGAUGCUACCCUUAAUAAACAACAGGCUGCUGAGACAGCUGCCUUAUUAUAUGAAAACGGCGAUGAAGAAGCUUUUAUGUCGGAAGAAGAAGUAAACGGCGACAAGUUUGCUGCCGUGGACAAGCAAAUAUCCAUGCUUCAAGACACCUUGGAAGCUAUGAAAGCAAAGAAAAUGAAGCGCAUGCGUAAACCUCGGCGCCGUGAUUCCAAUAAAGAAUACGGACCUGUUACGUAUGCUAUGCAAACUGAAUUGGCCGAGAGAUGCAACUAUUUAACUGCAGAACAGUUAGCCACGGUUGCUGAAAUUCUAAGAGAAGAAAUGCCUUGGUUACGGGAUACGGAUGAAAUCGAAAUAGAUGUUGGAAAUAUGAAACCAGAAACCUUUCACCGUAUUUAUCGGUUCGUUUGUAAACCCGAAGCAACUUCCUCUGACCCACCUUCACCUUCGUUGAUGCCAUCUAGACACGAGAAAAAGAAAGGCAGAGUGCUAUCGGAAACCGAACAGGCAGAAAAAAUUCGACGUUUACAGCAGCAGUUGGAUCGUUUUGCUGGCAAAGCGUCCGAUGCACCCCUAGGACAAUCCCAUGAAUAUGAUCGAACAUCCGAGUCUGCUGAAAGCGACCAUGAAAGUGAGAGCAGUGAAUCAGAAUAAAGGUUUCUUUUUAUCUGUCCACGCAAUUGGAUAUUGUCAGAAAAAGAUAUUUGUUUGUUUGAUCCCAGAAAAACUAGCAAAAUCUUACAGCGUUGGUCAUGCCAUAUAUAAUUAAUAAGUUUAAUAAUAGGAACGGUCUUCAUAUUUUGUUACCUUUAUCAUUUGAAGAACGUGAAGAAUCAUGGAAAUACCGUCGUCUAUUUUCAUGUUAACAAAAAUUGCUAAGUACAAUUUUGAUGAACAAUACUCUAAGCUUUCAAAGCGAUUACUGAAGUUUUAUGCAAUUGGAUCAUAUAAACGGAAAUUGUCGUUAAGCUCCAGAGGAAUAUCAGUCAUUUUUCUUCAAUUUACAGCAUUUGACUAAUAUGUUUUACUGUUUAUGAAUUUUUCUUUUCGUGUAUAAUGUCUUUUCUCUUUGAUGAUUGAUUUUUUUUCAAUCUAUUCUCGGUGCUAUACCAAUCAGUUUAGCAAGAAGAAUUUUCUUGUGAAAGUUUUGUACGUCCCAUGUCGCUCUUUUCCGCCCUUUGCCGCAUUAAGUUGUGCUCUAUGUGCAAUCUAAAUAUCAAUUACUCUGUCAUUUUUGUUUAUAAAUUCACUGUAAAUAAAUAUUAAUGUUUUUACUCUAAUAAAGUUUCAAAUAACCGUAAGCUAGAGAUCUACUCAAAAACUUCUGAAUUGUAAAA